UCCAAACUUCAAGGAAAAGCUCUAAAAGUUACCCCCAGAGAGGAGGAAAGCGAUAAACAAUUAGGAAAAUGGGUCCAUAUCACCGCAGGACAUCUUGUCGCUCUUGCAUCUUACAGGUGGGCAUUAGACAGAGGGAUUAAUAUACCUCUGGACCUAUUUAAGCAGAUAGUACAAGAUUGCAUACAAUGUCAAUUAUUCGCCCAUCGGCCUGUACCGAAAAGGAUUACUGGAGAAUUGGCUAGAGGGGCCUUACCUGCUCAAAUUUGGCAAAUAGACUAUAUUGGACCAUUACCUGUCAGUCAAGGGUGUCAAUAUGCCUGCACUUGUGUGGACACCUACUCUGGGGUAUUAGUUGCUUGCCCCUAUAAACGGGCUACCCAGAAAAAUACUUGCAAGACUUUAGAUAUUAUUUCCCUUUAUUAUGGGACUCCCCUACAAAUACAGAGUGAUAAUGGUACACAUUUUAAAGGCAAAGACAUAGAUGAGUAUUGCAGAUAUAAUAAUAUAGAAUGGAUUUAUCACAUACCAUAUUAUCCCCAAGCUGCUGGUUUGAUAGAAAGGAUGAACGGAUUAUUAAAAGAAAAACUGAAGAAAUUGAGUGAGAACAAUGAUUUGAAAAGAUGGAAAGAAAAUCUGUUUGAGGCCCUAAAGCAAUUAAAUAACAGGCCUCUGACGAGUGAGGGUGGGACUCCUCUUUCAAGAAUGAUGACUACUAACUUACAGAUCAGGAGGAUUUCAUCUCCUUUGACUAUUCAAUGGUGGGCCCUACAUGAGAAUGCCAGACAGCCCUGGCAUGCCUCUUUAGGCUCCGCCGGGUAUGAUCUAUAUGUAACUCAUGAUGUCCACAUUCCCCCCUUGGGUCAACAACUGUGUUCCACAGGAGUGGGAGUUAAGCUCCCUGAAGGAUACUAUGGACAAUUGUCCUCCAGAUUUGGUUUAGCUCUAAAAAACCAAGUUCAUGUCUUGGGUGGAGUUAUAGACAGUGACUAUGGAGGUGAAAUUAAAGUUUGCUUACAUAACUCUCAUGAAAGCGAACCUUUUGAAUGUAAAACCGGUGAAAGAAUUUGUCAGCUGGUAAUAUUACCCUAUUUAAAUUGUUUGUGGCAAAAGGUCAAUGGAUCUCCUGACUCCACAGAAAGAGGAGAUCAGGGAUUCGGGAGUUCUAAUGAUGACAUUUCUUGGAUACCAGAAAAGACAAUUCCUGGUACUAAAGUUUCGGUCAAGAAACAUCAAUUUGAUAAACCAAGGCCAGCUGAGCUUAUAGCACAAGGGAAUACUAAUACUGCCAUUGUAGUGUACCCUGGUGAUGAUAAAUGGUAUCAUGUCCCACUAACCCAAAUGUUUUUGCGAAAUUAA